GGGUCUGUGCUACGGUUUGCUGAAAUGCUAUCGAAAAUCCGGCAGGAGUUCAGGAGGGCAGUAACUCGUGCAGAGCUGAAGGAAGGUGUUUUAUCUAAGUCAAAUAUGUAUAGCUGAGCUAAUGAAGAUGUGAUGUAAGUACUCGAGGGUUGCUCGUACAUGCUAGUUCUUCAGGCUGAUCCGUUACUGGAGGGUUUUCGUGCUCUGAGUGGGCAGUGACAGCCGGAGCCCUGCUGCCAGUGAGCCCGGUGCUGGGGUGAGGGAGCUCAGCUGCGUUUGGGUAAUUCAGUGGGUGGAAUGACAGAAACUAAGGCUGGGCUUACAGAAAGAACCUUCUUUCUGCUGAAUGAAGAAAACUUGCAAAUGUUUCCUGUUUAAAAACUGUACUGGAAAGAUAAGUCGAUCGAGAAAACAUGCUGUGAAGGCAGUGGUGUCACUCACAGGUAGAUUGUCAGCAGCCUCUGCUUCCACUUCACUGGAUUUGGUUUUCAACUUUAUUGUACUGAUCAUCUGGUAAGCUUAGUAAGACUUAGGGUUACAGACCUGGCAUUAUUCAUGAGUUGGGGUUGCGUGUUAAGUCCUUGGAACAGGGCCUCCUCAGCAGUUUCACCGAUUUUGUUAGUUUUAUGUAAGUUAGUUUAAAAAUGUGUGUUCUUGUUUUCUUUCAGUACUAGGCAGUAGUAAUUUUUAUUAUGUGACUUAAAACUUAGAUUUCUUUGAUAUGCUGUAGUUUUUCUACCAUUGUGCUGUACCAGAUUGAUGUGCUUUCUGUUGUGAAACUUGUGGCAUUAAAAGAGCUGUUGAGGAAUUGGGCAUGGAGGAAUACAAAAGCAAGUUCUAUUUUGAGGAUUUAGUUCCAGAAUUAAGCUGUUUUUCACCACUUAUUUUAUUUGAAUUUUGGAUGGAUUUUGUUUUUUUUCUCUGUAAUUUGGAAUCACUUCUAAUACUCACAGGCAUUAUAUAGUUAUAGGUGUUUUAGCCAGUACUGUUAUUUGCAAGCUUAACCGUGAAGGAAUUGGGCAUUGUUCACAGCCCUCGUCUAAAUUCUGGAAAUAACUUCUCACAGUUGUCACCAUUGUUUUGCCAAUGGUUAUAUUAAUAUACAUCAGUGUUCAGGAGUCUUAGGGACAGGAACUGUAGGGCAGUUGGUUUCUGUGCUUGAUCCUGAAACUGUCAGUAAUAGAGGUCAGUGCAGAACCAAGGUGUGUGAGUUCAGGUACUGCAAAUGGGCGUUCAUACCUCCUAAGAAUCAAAGUCCGUGUUUCCCACAGCUUUGGUACUGGGAUGCAUUUCCUUCUCCAUUGAAAAUGGCAAUGUGAGGAACUGCUCUGCACCUGCAGCAGCCUCAAAUAACUGCUGGAGCUGACACUCAUCCCAGCCUGCUCAUCAGCUCCAUGAAUCUGUCCUCUCCUGCCAUCUGCAGAUGGAUGGGCAAAUGGUAUGUCUGCAACACAGAACAGUUGUCUGAAUCCCUUCAGCCUAUUUUUGUCCAGAGUUACCUUGACCAAGGAACGCAGAUCUUCUUAAACAACAGCAUUGAAAAAUCAGGCUGGCUGUUUAUCCAGCUCUAUCACUCUUUUGUGUCCUCAAUUUUUAGCCUUUUUAUGUCUAGAACAUCUAUCAAUGGGCUGCUGGGAAGGGGCUCAAUGUUUGUGUUUUCCCCAGAACAAUUUCAAAGACUGCUUAAAAUAAAUCCAGAAUGGAAAUCCCACAGACUUCUUGAUUUAGGAGCUGGAGAUGGAGAGGUUACUAAAGUCAUGAGUCCUCACUUUGAAGAGAUCUAUGCCACUGAGUUGUCUGAAACUAUGAUAUGGCAGCUUCAGAAGAAAAAAUACAGGGUGCUUGGUAUAAAUGAAUGGCAGAACACAGGAUUUCAGUAUGAUGUUAUCAGCUGUUUGAAUUUGCUGGAUCGCUGUGAUCAGCCACUGACUGUAUUAAAAGAUAUUAGAAGUGUCCUGGAGCCAACUAGAGGCAGAGUCAUCCUAGCAUUAGUUCUGCCUUUUCAUCCGUAUGUGGAAAACGUAGGUGGCAAGUGGGAAAAGCCCUCAGAAGUUUUGGAAAUCAAAGGGCGUACUUGGGAAGAACAGGUUAAUAGCCUGCCAGAAGUGUUCGGUAAAGCUGGUUUUGCCAUAGAGGCUUUCACCAGACUGCCAUACCUAUGUGAAGGUGAUAUGUAUAAUGACUACUAUGUACUAGAUGAUGCUGUCUUUGUCCUGAAGCCCGUGUAAGCCUACAUGAAGUAAAUCUCCAGAAUCAAAGCCAAGAAGCAGCCUCUGAAAGAGAGAUUUGAUCUACGGUUCCGUGAAGGGAGGGAAUUUGUGGGAUUGCCAUGAUAACUAAGUACUAUGUAAGAAUUUUAAUGGCCAAAAUACUAAUGUAUUUCUUUGUAGUGUGAUUAGGAAAAUUUUGUUUUUAAUUUUGAAAUGGAGACUUUGGAUGAGAAUUUUUUUUAUCAGCUCUUAAACCAACAAUGCAUUCUGCAGCCCAGCAGUAACAGGGGAUAUUUUUUAAAUUCUUACCUGCAACAGGGAUCAGAUCCAAACAGAAGCAAUAGUUCUAGUGAGGAAUCUGAUACAACACAAAUUGUUGUUCAAGAAAUCACUUGAAAUCUGGCAAUAAAGUUAUCCAUUUAUUUCAAACCUUGCUGAUUAUAAACUGUUUAAAUGGAUAUUCUUCCAUGCUAAGUUACUUUCUCACUUACUGUCAUUCUUCACGUUUUUAUUCAUGCUAAUAAACUUUUUUGAGAUGA